AUGGACCCUAUUUUACUAGGCUUGACGUGUAUACUAUGUGCCGUUGCGUUUUAUUUACUGUUUAUUGAGGGAAAAUCUUGGGGAAAUUCCCAGAGAGCCGAUCGCAGGCAAGGAGCAUCUAAUCGACGUCGUCCAGCAAAUGCAGCGGCUCGUAGACAUCAACAGCAAAGGGCGGCUGCUCAGGCUCCACGCCUGAUGACUGAGUCUGAUUUCGAAUCUCUCAGCGAAAAUAGUGAUAGUGAAUCUUCAGAAACGGAUACCGGCAACUCACCCACUUCAGAUGCUCCCAAAAAGAAAAUCGGCACAAAGAAGGCCCAAAAAUUAGCCGAGAAACAACGCAGAAAAGAAGAGCGGGAGGCAGAGGAAAAAUACCGUGAGGCAAUGCGAAAGAAAGAAGAUGAGGAAAUCAGAAAGAGGAAAGAGGCUGUGGCGAAAGAAGAAGCUGCUGAAGCAGCUAAGGCUGCAGCUGAGGAAAAACGACGUCUUGAACAGGAGGCUCGUGAACAGAUUGAAUAUGAACGGUUAAAAUCCACUUUUUCCAUAGCAGGUGAAGGUGUAGGUGUUCAACAACUUGAUGAAGAAGCAGAGGCCCAAUUGAACCUGGAGUUCAUUGAAACCAUUAAAAAUGCCAAGCUUAUUUCCUUGGAACGCAUUUGUGUAAAAUUCGAUAUGAAAACUGAUGCAUGUGUUGAGAAGAUCAAAACUCUGCUUUCUGAGGGAUCAUUGAGUGGUGUUCUCGAUGAUCGUGGCAAAUUCCUCUUUAUUGAACCUAGCGAAUACGAAGCAAUUGCAAAGUUUAUUGAACUUCGCGGGCGUGUAACAAUAGCAGAGUUGGUUGAACACGGUAACAAGGUGAUCAAGGCUAGAAGUUAA